AAAUAAAGUAAAGAAAAUUAGGAGGAUGUCUUUGUGCCCAACCAGCCGUCUUGGGGAAAAAUAACAUACACAAACCUUCGUGUAAGCAUCACCCAGUUGCCCAUUUCAUGACUCAGCCUUUGCUUCAAACAGGGGCAUACAUGGAGGAGGGCAUGUCAACAAUGGAUACAGAUCCCCCUAAAAAAAUGUGGGAUAAGAUUGCUGCCUACAAAACCCUGGCCAGAGAUGCAUAUAAAAGCAAGCCAACUUCUUAUUGGAUUCUUCUACUUCUAGGCAGCGCGGGAAUGCUUGUGGCAUUUCCUGCUUCUAGCCUCCUUUCUCGUCUCUACUUUUCAAAUGGGGGCACAAGCAAAUGGAUUAGUUCAUGGGUUGCAGUAGCCGGGUGGCCUAUUCCCGUGGCAUUUCUAAUUCCCAUGUACCUCUUUUCUGGAUCCUCUCCUACUCCUCUGACCUUAAAACUCACUAUUUCUUAUGUUGGCUUGGGUUUCUUAAGUGCUGCUGAUAAUCUCAUGUAUGCAUAUGCCUAUGCUUACCUGCCAGCAUCAACUGCUUCUCUUGUAGCAUCAACAUCUCUAGUAUUUUCUGCACUUUUCGGGUAUUUUAUAGUGAAAAAUAAAAUUAAUGCUUCGAUAAUCAAUGCUCUUGUGGUCAUUACUGCUGCUAUGGUCAUCAUUGCGUUGGAUUCAGAUUCAGACAUAUACGGGAACAUCAGCAAAAAACAGUAUAUCCUGGGUUACGUAUGGGAUGUCCUGGCAUCUGCUCUUCACGGACUCAUAUUUGCUCUUUCCGAACGAGUCUUCGUGUCAUUACUUGGUAGAGUAUCUUUUCAUGUUGUUUUAGAGCAACAAGUCAUGGUUUCUUUUUUCGGUUUUCUGUUUACCACAAUCGGGCUUCUUUUAAAUGAUGACUUUCAUGGUAUGAGUUCCGAGGCAAAAACUUUCAAGGGUGGAAAAACUGCAUACUACAUGGUUAUCAUUUGGAGUAUCAUCACAUUCCAGUUGGGGGUUUUAGGCGCAACUGCUGUGCUUUUCUUGUCUUCAACAGUGUUGGCUGGCGUGCUGAAUGCAGUAAGAGUACCUCUUACGAGCAUUGCAGCUGUGAUAUUAUUAAAGGAUCCAAUGAGUGGUUUCAAAAUCCUGUCAUUGAUCAUCACCUUCUGGGGGUUUGCUUCUUAUAUUUACGGAAACCGCCCUGUCAAUAAGAACAACACAAUUGCAUGAUCAAAUUCGUUCAGCUUUCUGUAUUUACAUUAUAGGAGAAAGCACAAGGCUUAGGUACACAUAUUAUACUUUUCUAAAUUGCGUGCCUCUGUUAAAGAUCGUACAAAUGAUGUAUGUAGUGUGUGAUAAGAUAUUGCUAUCUUGCCUUCUUCUCAAAGGAGGUGCUGGGAGGUGUUAAAAAGAAUGUGUAAUAGUUCUAAAUUGGCCUUUGUGAUAUUUACGGCUCAAAGUUGAGCUAUAAGAAGUUAAGAACCUAUAUUGGAAAAUGAAUUUAGCAGGGCAAGUUACACAACUUGGAUAAACAAUACAUAAGGACUUUUUUUA